AUUAAACACGCGGUUUCGUCCCCUCCCCUGUUUCUUCCUUCGAUAAGGAAGGAGAGAGAGAGAGAGAGAGAGAGAGAGAGAGAGAGUACCCUGUACCCCGUAUCUAUACAUAAAGAGAAAGCUCUAUAUAUGUACAUACAUCCACAGAGAGAGAGAGAAGUGAGGGAGAGAGAAGUGAGAGCUCUGCUAGUACGGCCGUGAUUGCUGGACAUAAUUCCUCGCCAUCUCCGCCUUCGACAUUAGUCCACUGAUCAUCAUCGCUCAUUUCCCUCCAUAGAUUCGACCCUUUUAUUCUCUAGAUCUCAUAACAGACCCAAAAAGAGAAGGGGCUAUCAACCAGUGGUUAAAGGGGGUGGGUUGUGGCAAUGGCAUCCAGCACGAUUCGCAAGGCAAUAGGCGCCGUGAAGGACCAAACGAGUAUCAGCUUAGCCAAAGUGGCUGGAACUGUGGCCCCGGACCUCGAAGUACUGGUGGUGAAGGCGACGAGCCACGAUGAAGAACCUGCCGAUGAGAAGUACAUUAGGGAAAUUCUAUACCUCAUGCAGCACUCAAAGGGUUAUGUUAAUGCUUUUGUGUUUGCGAUUUCGAAGAGGUUGAGCAAAACUCGUGAUUGGAUUGUGGCAUUGAAGGCCUUAAUGCUUGUGCAUCGAAUGAUGGUUGAUGGGGGCCCUUUUAUAGGGGAGGAGAUUAUGUAUGCGAGUCGAAGGGGGACAAGGGUUUUGAACAUGUCUGGUUUUCGCGAUGAGGCUCACUCGAAUUCUUGGGAUCAUUCCAGUUUUGUGAGGACUUACGCAUCUUACCUCGAUGAGAAGCUUGAAUUCAUGGUGUAUGAGAGGAAAUUGAGUGGUGUUGAUGGGAGGAAAAAUGAAGAUGGUUACGGGUAUGGAGAAUUCAGGGAUGAACCGGCUUAUGGGAUGAAUGGGAAGUCGACGUCUUAUGGUGAUUUGAACGAAUCCGUUGUUAGAGAGCAGCGAAAAGAGAAAAUCCCACUUAGGGAAAUGAAGCCUGAGAGGGUUUUGGAGAGGCUGAAUGAGUUGCUAAGGCUUCUUGAUCGAUUCUUGGCGUGCAAGCCAACAGGCAUGGCGAAGAAUAGUAGGACGGUGCUUGUUGCUCAGUACCCAGUUGUGAGGGAGAGUUUUAGGCUUUAUGGUGAUAUAUGUGAGGUUUUGGGGGUUUUAUUAGACAGGUUUUUGGAGAUGGAGUAUGUUGAUUGUGUUAAGGCUUUUGAUGCUUAUGUUAAUUCAGCAAAGAUGAUUGAUCAGCUUGCAGCCUAUUAUGGUUGGUGUAAGGAUAUAGGGGUUGCAAGGUCAUCAGAGUACCCUGAAGUGCAGAAAAUUUCUGAUAAGCUUUUGGGGACACUUGAGGGGUUUGUGAGGGAAAAAGCAAAUAGACCGAAAAGCCCAGAGAGGCGUAGGGAAGAUAGUUCAGCAGUCGUGAAAGAGGAGCCAAUACAGGAUAUGAAUGAAAUAAAGGCGCUUCCUGCACCAGAAAAUCACACUCCAGCACCUCAACCUCCACCUGAGCCACAACCCAAGCCAAAAUCUCAGCAUGUAACGGAGGACUUAGUGAAUUUGAAGGAUGGUGUGUCCGCUCAGGAGCAAAACAACAAAUUGGCAUUGGCUUUGUUUUCUGGCCCACCCAAUUCCAAUCCAAACGGCUCUUGGGAAGUAUUCCCUUCAGAUGGAGAACCUGAAGUAACCUCAGCGUGGCAAACACCAGCGGCUGAGAGUGGCAAAGAAGGUUGGGAAUUGGCCUUGGUGGAGUCUACUAGUAACCUUUCAAAGCAGAAGGCUAACUUAGCAGGUGGUUUUGAUUCGCUAUUGUUGAAUGGUAUCUAUGAUCAGGGAGCGGUGAGGCAGCAUGUGAGCAAUGCUCAGUUAAAUGGUGGGAGUGCAAGCAGCGUAGCAUUGCCUGGCGCGGGGAAGAGUGCAACACCUGUCCUUGCAUUGCCAGCCCCUGAUGGUACGUUCCAAAUGGUGGGAAAUCAGGACCCAUUUGCAGCGUCCUUAACGGUGCCACCUCCUGCAUAUGUGCAGAUUGCUGAUAUGGAGAAGAAGCAGAAUUUGCUUGUCCAAGAACAACUUCUUUGGCAGCAGUAUGGCAGUAGUGGGAUGCAAGGGCAGCUGGGUUUGGCCAAGAUUGCUGGAGGUGGUGGUUUCUAUGGCCCUGGUUCACAACCAAUGAUGCCUUAUGGAAUGCCAACGGUGACUGGCAUGGGUCCGGCUGGAGGGUACUACUACCCAACCUACUGAUGGCUUUCCGGAGGAGUGAUUUUUGGGAUAUGAUGUUGGUAAAAAUUUACUCUUUUAAUGCUUGUUUGAAAUAUUUCUGAUAUUAUCUAUGCUUCAUCCUAAUGUUCCAUUGGUGUUGAAGCUAUCUAUCUACAUAAGAGGCUAGAAGAGGCCACACAAGAGAACAUGAGCGUUUGUUUUGGUGUCUCUAUGUUUAAUGGUUUUCCGUUCAUACAGGAAAUGAAUAUAUGUUGACGGAGUUUCUUUCA